AUGGCAACUGUGGAUCUAGAAGACUGUAAGCGACUGGUGCAAGAACUCGAGGCCGCUGCCGAGCUGCCUAAAAGAGGGAAAGCCUACAGAACAAUUUGCCAGAUUUCGAAUUCUGACCGAAAAGUGGCCAGCUGGAAGUUCAACGAAUGGGAUUAUGGUAAAAAUAAUAUUAAACUCCCGAUAAAUGCAAGAGGUUUGUUCAUUUUAGAAGAUCAGCAGGCUCCAAGAAUCAUAGUUCGAGGUUAUGAUAAAUUCUUCAACAUCGACGAAGUGGCCUCCACAUCGUGGCAGUGGCUAAGUUCAAACACAGUUGGCCCAUACGAGGUCACAGUGAAGGAAAAUGGAUGUAUCAUUUUCAUUUCUGGCCUGCAAGAUGGAACUUUAGUGAUCUGUUCAAAGCACUCCACAGGCAACAGAGAUGAUACGGAUCGAAAUCAUUCUAUUGCUGGUGAAAAGUAUUUGUUGAAGCAGCUUCAAGCGCAGAAAAUAGAUCCCAAAAUACUAGGACAAGAGCUUCACGGAAUGAAUGCCACCGCUGUUGCUGAAUAUUGCGACGACAGCUUCGAAGAACACAUUCUUGAAUACUCCAGAGAUGCCGCGGGUCUUUACCUGCACGGAAUUAACCAAAAUCAACGUGUCUUCAAGACUUUGCCAGCUCAAGAGGUGACCGGUUUUGCUGAAAAAUAUGGAUUCAACAAGGUCCAGCACUUCACACAUCACGAUAUUUCAAGUCUUCGUAAGUUUCUCGAGCAGUGUGCGACGGCAGGUACAUUCCAUGAUAAAGAAAUCGAAGGAUUCGUAAUUAGAUGCAAGACAAUCAGUGCGCACGACUUUUUCUUCAAGUUCAAAUUUGAAGAGCCUUACUUGAUGUACCGCCAAUGGAGAGAGGCGACCAAGAAAUAUAUCGAGACCAAUUCUCGGGUCUUUGGUUUCAAGAAACAUCGUUUCAUCACUAAUAAGUACUUGGACUUUGUCAUACCGCUUCUCGACGCAGACUCAAGUCUUCGCGACGACUACAUGAAAGACUUUGGCAUUAUCAAGUUGCGUAAAAUGUUUUUACUCGAUUAUGGUUUGUCGGGCGUUGAAAUUCUGAAUAGCGAAAAGGUCAAACGGCUAGAAGCACAAAAUGCUAUUGAUUAUCAAGUGGUAGAUGAAAAGACCAAAUUUCUGCUAAUUCCUGUAGCAACCAUUGGCUGUGGCAAGACAACAGCUGCAUUGACCUUGACCAAUCUAUACCCAGAAUCUUGGGCUCAUGUACAAAACGAUGACAUAACAGGAAGAGACAAAUCUUUACUGAUGAAAAAGUCUUUGGAGCUUCUCGGUCAGAAAAAUGUGAAGGCUGUCAUUGUUGACAGGAACAACCAUCAAUUUAGGGAGCGGAAGCAACUAUUCGAGUGGUUCGCUGAACUCAAGGAAAAAUAUAUGCCUUAUGACAGUAAUGUGAAGAUCAUUGCAUUGUCGUUUCUUCCUUACGAGGACAUUGAAGCCACUACCCAACUCACAAUCCAGAGGGUACUAGCUCGAGGGGACCGGCAUCAAAGCAUUAAAGUGGUCACGGAUGGAGAGAAAAAGGUCUUAGGGAUAAUGAAGGGCUUUUUGAAUAGAUAUCAGCCAAUCGUUAGAGAUCGGUCCCCUGAUAGCAUGUUUGAUAACGUCAUAACCCUCAAUGUGCGUGAGACCGAUUCGUCCCUGAUCAAUGUUCACAAAAUUCUGACGGUGCUGCACAAAAAGUAUCCAGUUCUUGUUCCCGAAAUACCGGCUACAGAUGCUAUACAAUCAGCAUUCAGAAAAAGUCUCGAUUACAAACCCAAGAUCACAAAAGUCAUCGGAGGAGGAAACAGACGUGAUAGAGAUAGUCUGAAGUUCAAGCCUGUCUACUUUAGUGCUCAACUUCGAGAUUCAAGCGCAUUCUUGGAAUUUAUUUGUCGUCGUUGCUUUGAACGCCAAGACUUGUUGGAUACAUCUAUCCUUCGAAAGAGCCUGAAAAAUAAUGCUCAGCCAGAGUUCCAUAUCACCUUGAGUCAUGUCAUCGGCGGCAAGAAAGGCAGCAAAAAGCAACGCGAUUUGUGGUGUGAAUAUAACAAACGCUACUCUCAGGAUUUACUUAAAUCGGGGUUACCGCCCACAAAAAUCAGUGUGAUCAAGACGAAAGACACGGUCAAGUUUAGAGUAAAGAAACUUCUCUGGGAUGACAAAAUAGUUACUGCUUUAGUCGAAGUAGCAGAAGAAUGCGUAUCGGAUGGCAGUUCGGGCAGCGUUGUUCCUGGUUUGGGGUGUGCAAACGAGUAUGCGCACAUAACACUUGCCGUUCUUCAACCAGACGUUAAGCCUGUUUACUCCAACACUCUCUGCCAAACUAUAUUUGACAAACACAAGUUUGAGGCUGGCUGUUUCACAGACGGAUUAAACUGUAUGGAUAUGGGAGAUACGCAAAGCAUGGAAGCCGAUUUGUGGAUAAAUCUAUAA